GUCUUGGUAGGCCGUUUCGUGUGGCCUGCGCAACACCUGUGGCUAUGACGCCGCUUUCUUUGCGAUACCCGCCGGCCUGUUGGGGUCGAUUGGACUGCUGCAGUACCCCAACAUCACGAUCUCGCUGUAUGUGAUGUGGAAAACACUGCAGAUGCUCUAUAACUGGGGCAGUGAGGAGAAUAUACUGCCGAAGGUACCCCACUUCAAUAUGGUGUUAUAUGCCAGCUUCACAGCUGUGCUCUUCCACUGCGCUAUUCUGGAGGCGAACUCGAUACGCAACAGCUACUAUAAAUUUCUCGUGAAUAUUUCGGGCAGAAGAAUAAAUUUGUUCGAUAGACGCCCUUUCCAGUCGUUGGGACUGAGAAGCCACGAUCGAUUGCAAGAGGUAGUCAAGCGACUCAAAAUAGAUAUGACGAAUCCUUUGCCCAUCAUGCCGCUGACCGCCUAAUUCCAACAGGAUAAUUGUUAAAUUAUAAUCAUAAAUACUAUU